GCUUUAGCGGGGCGACCACUAGGUCGUCGCGGAGUUGACGCACUGAACCUGCGUAAUAGGGGUACGGUGCCCGGGAGGCGCGACAAGAAGCGGAAGUAGUAGUGGGUACUUUUGCAACCGCCGCGGACGCUGUGGAGUGGUCAGUGCAGAUUCGCGGGUCGCGAAGGGGUCGCGAAGGGGUACACCAGGAGUUGAGAGAUGGAAGGGGAUGGUUCAGACCCAGAGCCUCCAGAUGCUGGGGAGGACAGCAAGUCGGAGAAUGGGGAGAAUGCGCCCAUCUACUGCAUCUGCCGCAAGCCAGACAUCAAUUGCUUCAUGAUCGGAUGUGACAACUGCAAUGAGUGGUUCCAUGGGGACUGCAUCCGGAUCACUGAGAAGAUGGCCAAGGCCAUCCGGGAGUGGUACUGUCGGGAGUGCCGAGAGAAAGACCCCAAGCUGGAGAUCCGCUAUCGGCACAAGAAAUCACGGGAACGGGACAGCAAUGAGCGAGACGGCAGUGAGCCCCGGGAUGAGGGUGGAGGGCGCAAGAGGCCUGCCCCGGAUCCAGACCUGCAGCGCCGGGCGGGGUCAGGGACAGGGGUUGGGGCCAUGCUUGCUCGGGGCUCUGCUUCGCCCCACAAAUCCUCUCCACAGCCCUUGGUGGCCACACCCAGCCAGCAUCACCAGCAGCAGCAGCAGAUCAAACGGUCAGCCCGCAUGUGCGGCGAGUGUGAGGCCUGCCGGCGCACAGAGGACUGUGGCCACUGCGACUUUUGCCGGGACAUGAAGAAGUUUGGGGGCCCCAACAAGAUCCGGCAGAAGUGCCGGCUGCGUCAGUGCCAGCUACGGGCCCGGGAAUCGUACAAGUACUUCCCUUCCUCGCUCUCGCCAGUGACACCCUCAGAGUCCCUGCCAAGGCCUCGCCGGCCACUGCCCACCCAGCAGCAGCCACAGCCAUCACAGAAGCUGGGACGCAUUCGUGAGGAUGAGGGGGCAGUGGCAUCAUCAGUAGUCAAGGAGCCGCCUGAGGCUACAGCCACACCUGAGCCACUCUCAGAUGAGGACCUACCACUGGACCCUGACCUGUAUCAGGACUUCUGUGCAGCGGCCUUUGAUGACCACGGCCUGCCCUGGAUGAGUGACACAGAGGAGUCCCCAUUCCUGGAUCCUGCACUGCGAAAGAGGGCAGUUAAAGUGAAGCACGUGAAGCGUCGGGAGAAGAAGUCUGAGAAGAAGAAGGAGGAGAGAUACAAACGGCAUCGACAGAAGCAGAAGCACAAGGACAAAUGGAAACAUCCAGAGCGAGCUGAUGUCAAGGAUCCUGCAUCGCUACCACAGUGCCUGGGACCUGGCUGUGUGCGCCCUGCACAGCCCAGCUCCAAGUAUUGCUCAGAUGACUGUGGCAUGAAGCUGGCAGCCAACCGCAUCUACGAGAUCCUCCCCCAACGCAUCCAGCAGUGGCAGCAGAGCCCCUGCAUUGCUGAGGAGCAUGGCAAGAAGCUCCUUGAACGCAUCCGCCGUGAGCAGCAGAGCGCCCGCACCCGCCUUCAGGAAAUGGAGCGCCGAUUCCAUGAGCUUGAGGCCAUUAUUGCACGCGCCAAGCAGCAGGCUGUGCGAGAGGACGAGGAGAGCAAUGAGGGUGACAGUGACGACACAGACCUGCAGAUCUUCUGCGUCUCCUGUGGGCACCCCAUCAACCCACGUGUUGCCUUGCGCCACAUGGAGCGCUGCUAUGCCAAGUAUGAGAGCCAGACGUCCUUUGGGUCCAUGUACCCCACACGCAUUGAAGGGGCCACACGACUCUUCUGUGAUGUCUACAACCCUCAGAGCAAGACAUACUGUAAGCGGCUCCAGGUGUUGUGUCCAGAGCACUCACGGGACCCCAAAGUGCCAGCUGAUGAGGUAUGCGGAUGCCCCCUUGUGCGUGAUGUUUUUGAGCUCACAGGUGAAUUCUGCCGCCUGCCCAAGCGCCAGUGCAACCGCCAUUACUGUUGGGAGAAGUUGCGGCGGGCCGAAGUGGACUUGGAGCGUGUGCGCGUGUGGUACAAGCUGGAUGAGCUGUUUGAGCAGGAGCGCAAUGUACGCACAGCCAUGACAAACCGGGCAGGAUUACUAGCCCUGAUGCUGCACCAAACCAUCCAGCAUGACCCACUCACCACCGACCUGCGCUCCAGUGCUGACCGCUGAGCAUCGCUGGCUCAGACAUCCUCAUGCCCUGCGUUCCCCCAUUUGUCUUUCUCCAAUGGUCCCUCAGUUUCUCAUUGUGCCCAUCCACCAUUUGACUGCCCAUCUGCCUUUACCAGAUGGUCUCAAAAUGUCCUCCUGUCUCUGUCUAGCCUUCUGUUUCUCCAUCCUCUGUGCCCGGGUGGAAUGGUGCGGUCUGCUCACCCUUGCUUCCUUUC